CAACGGCGUAGAAGCCGCGCCUGUUUCGAACUCGUUUGCGUGGUUUCGUGCGGUUUCGUGUGCAUUUUAAGUGUAAGCGGAACAGGGCUGGAACAAAACAAAAAAACUCUCUCCCCCAAGAACAAAAAAAAAACAUCCCCCCGGAGAAGAAAAAAAAACACUUUGAUUUUCAAGAUUUUCAAUUUACUACUUAUUCGCCAUGGCGUAGAACAAAAGAGGGGGAGGCGAAUAGAAAGAAAAAAAAAAUCCCAACACGGAGGAAAAAGACAAUUUAACGCCCGCCCAGGCUUAGUCACCUAGGCAGUUGAUUUUCUGAAAUCUCAUCAAACCGAACUCAUCACGGUACAUCUCGGCCGGGGGUGACAAGCCACCCCGGAAAAGAAGUUGGCGGAAAACGGGAAGCGAAGGUGAAGAUAAAAAAAAACAUCCAACUCCAAAUUCCUUAACUAUCCCCCCCCCCCCUCUUCCAACAUACCAUCCCCUCUUUUUUAACCCCCUUUGCUCCCUCCCCUUUCCUCCAUUUUCCCACCCUAACGCAUCGACAAUCGAAACACACAUCGGGGACCGAUCCGACUGUGCGCGGAUGAACACUCAUGCGGACGCGUUUGGUGAGCUCCACUGAGCGUCAGUCCGUGGGCACUCUCAGCCCGGGCGUCGUACCAAGGCGUAUUUUUUUUUGUGCCACUUGAAGCACCGAAAGCUCCCCACAGCUCGCCCGGGACAGAUCGCACGAGAACUAGAGAGAACUAGUGUUUCGUUUCGCGCGCGCGGUUCCAACCGAGGUUCGACUGGCAUCGAAACGCGAUCUGGACGGUUGUUGGAAUUUACGCGCGAACGUGUUUCAGUGGUGCGAGCUUUAGUAUUAUGGACGAAAGAAAAUAGUGCAUUGUGGUGCCGGUUAGUGUAAAUUAUAGUGCGCAAACUAGUGCAGUGAUGAGCUAUUUUUACAGUGCGAAUAAAAAAAAUCAAACAACUGCCGUUUCAUGUGCAAAACGAUUUCUAGUGUUUCUAAUAUAAAACAAGGUGGAAAAUAUUUGUUAUGCUGUCUUUUGUUCGGUUAAGUAAAUGUUUUUAAAACACAUCUGCUGAAUCUGUCGUCCAACUGCCGAGACACUCGCUUGCCGUGUGAAAGGAAAACGCCAUUACGCCCAUUUGUCUAUCGCUCGGCAUCGGCAGCAAACCUCAAAAGCAACGGACGAUCAACAGCAAAAAACCCGUGCGGUAGCGGCAGCAUCUGGAGAAAUCUAUGCGUCGAAAGGACCGAAUUUCGAUAAUAAAGGAAUCCUACCAUCAAGCUGCACGCCAGUACGCGUGUGAGUGCGAGCAAGAGCCACACGCGUGAGUUCCCAAUGGUUUGCAGCGAAACGAAACACAAGUGAUACCGGGUUGUACCAGACGAAGCGUUCUGUUCGACCAAUCGGAAGGACCACCAGGUACCCAGGCAACUAUAUCAUCGCGCAACGGUGGUCAACUGCGACGGAUUUUGUGCUUUCUUGUACGGUGUGCUGUUGUGCGGGAACGUUUCACUGGGUUUAGGGGACAGAGGUGUAACGCCAGGCUGUCCAAGGCAACUAGUCGCAAAACUGACAAAAUAUUCGACCCUUACAAUCAUACAAAAACUAGUGGCACUAGGAUAGAAGAUACAUGCGCCAAAGCUCACCAAGUUGUCCAGUGUGUCCAGAGAAUGCCGUUUCCAUUGACUACGAGUGAAGAAAGCCAUCGAAUUCGGAUUAAAACAGGUUAACGUGUGUGUGUAUGUCUGGGGUGAGGGGUGAAAGAAUUUGGGUUGACUAUUUUUGUUGCGUGUGAAUAAGACGAGAAGAAGUGAAUGUAAAUUUCCAGUGAAACAUCCCCAGUUCGAUCGUACGACGUCCGUGUCCGUAUUCUGUGUGGAAGUGAAUACGAGUGCCCUCUGCAGUAGCCGAUGGUGGUGCAUCCGCUUAUCCUGGAUCGGUUGGUACGUUCGUCAACAGUAAAGUGUCCGCUAGUGUCCUCGACGUUGAAAUACGUGCCGCGGUUGAGAUGCAAUUGCAAAGUGACCGGUCGAUCGACACUGGCACGCAAUGGAUUAAGCAAGCGAGCGCACUGACACUGAACUGCAUACCGUGGUGCACCGUGCAUCGGGUUGCAUCCUUACGCAAACGUUACACCACGCACCGAGGUUAAGCAAUGGGGCAUUGGGAGGUUCGAGGUGUACGACGGCUUAUACUGUGGUUGUGUCUAAUUGCGCUAAAGAGAGUUCAAAGUUUGCCGGACGUCCGGGCGACGUGCCGUACUGUGCCGGGAUUGACACGGGACCAGCUGGAACUUUGCUAUCGGGCUAGCGACGUAACGGCGUCCGCCAUCGAAGGACUGGAGCUUGGUGUGCGCGAGUGUCAGUACCAGUUCCAAUGGCAUCGGUGGAACUGUUCGUCGCUCAGCACCAAAAGCCGCAAUCCCCACACAUCGAACAUGCUGAAACGAGGCUAUAGAGAGAGUGCAUUUGCGUACGCGAUCGCAGCAGCCGGCGUCACGCACAGUAUUGCACGGGCUUGUGCCCAGGGCCGACUCAUCUCGUGCGGUUGUGAUCCGUCCGUCAACCGGAAGGGCAUGUCGAAGUCGCUGCGCGAAAGCUUGGAAAAGGAGAAGCUACGCUUCCUGGACGCUAUCGCGGAAAGCAAUAGCGUGUUCGAGGAGGGCGACAGUUUACGCAAGCUGAAAGCGAAACAGGCCAGCCGAUGGAAAUGGGGCGGCUGUUCGCACAAUAUGGCGUUCGGGGUCGAGUUUUCCGAGCUGUUUCUCGACUCACGCGAAAAGGGCGCCGACAUACAGUCACAGAUUAAUCUGCACAAUAACCGUGCCGGACGGAGGGCCGUCUCAAACAACAUGCAGGUACGGUGCAAAUGUCACGGAAUGUCCGGUAGCUGUCAGUUGAAGACGUGCUGGAAGUCGGCACCAGAUUUUCGGGUGGUUGGACGUGUCCUGAAGCAACAGUAUCGUCGUGCGAUCCUUGUCGAUCAAUCGAACCUGGGCAAUGGACCACCGAUGAUCGUCUACCGCAAGCCAAAGAAACGCAAGCACGUGUCUAAUUUGCGUCCACCAAGAAGACAACCACGCGAGCAGCAGUUGGUACCGCUCGGCAAUCGGCUCAGUGGUCCGACGAAUCGGAAGCUAGAGAAUGCGCUCUUCUACUACCAAAGAUCACCGAACUUUUGCGAGCGCGAUCAGAUCUCCGACAUACCAGGUACCAUCGGACGACGCUGUAAUCGGACGAGCAGUGGCAGCGAGGGUUGCGCAUCGAUGUGCUGCGGCCGGGGUUACAAUCUGAUCCGCGAAAAGCGGAUCGAUCGGUGCAACUGCAAGUUUCACUGGUGCUGCUUCGUGGAAUGUGACGAUUGUGAAAUCGAGGAGUGGAUCAGCGUGUGUAACUGAGGUUUCGCUUUAUGCUAUGCACGUUCGCACCGGGUCGAUUGUUUCGUUCGAGACGCAAGGAAGGCAACGGAAGAAGCGAUUGUCAGGUGGCAAACUAAUUAAAACCCCCAUCCCAGCUUCUGGAUCCCGGUAGCGUGCGGUUAAAAGCGUGAACAAGUGAAGCAACUAUAAGCAGUAUUACGGAAUGGUGACGUUCCCCCACAUCCAACCAGCUAAUCCAGUUGGCCGGAAUGCUUCUGUACAAUGUUGUACAAUAUUUGUUUUAUUUUUUUUUUUAAUUUUAUUGUGUGUGUAUUAAGUCACAGUCGUUAGGCAGGCUAGUUGGUUAGGCUCCCUUCACCUUUCCGAUCGAAUCCCAAAAGCCCAAUGCUCUCGCUUAACAUGGGACAGUGAUUUCAUUCUAGCCCAUAAGGACAGUGUUAUUUAUUCGAAUGUGUUUUUUUGCGUUUAAAUUAAUUCUAACCCAGCAAGAGCUAUUACACCUGUAGUGUCAUAAUGUGCCGCACGCGAGACAGUUGUUUUAGUUUUAUAUAUCGAUAGCAUUACGUUGUGCAUGGACAAAAUGGUGCGUGCGAGCUUUUCCUCGUCCGAUUGCUGGGUGCCAUCGAAAGGAGUGCUCGAACGAAAAAAACCCCAAGAAGAAUGUACGAUGACAAACUGAUGGUGGGAAAAGUGUUGAAUAAAGCACGUAAACGUAGAGAACCAGCUUUAGCGAGGCGCAAAUAAAUGUAGCGAAUUGAUUCGUGAUAAUAAAUUAUGUCAGUCAAUAAAAGUAA